AAUCACCUUAAAUUAGUUUGUAGUUCAGUCUGAAUUUAAUACUGUUUAAACUCCUCGCGAUCUCUCCCACGUUACCAUAGCAACGGAGUCAAACAACUUUAGCCAGUAGAACCUUUAGCCGCUUCACUCAUUAAAGUCAAAAGAAUUUUACUUUAUAAGAGACAGAGAACAGUUAGUUACACAUUCAGGUUACCUGUCAGUUAGGUUCACAUUUAACAGCGUGUCUUCAUCAUCAUCAUCAUCUUCACCUGGAAACGACGGCGUCCAGGUUGAGUCGUCCUGCAGGUCCGACAUGGCGUCUGAUGCGAGCCCUGCAGGUGAGGAGGAGCAGGUGAGGAAGAAGAGGAGGAAGAGGAGGGAGGGGAGGAGGAAGGCUGCGGAUGUCUCUGAGGAUCAGACGGCAGACAUCGAGGAGUUAACAUGUCGGGGACACCGAGCUCUGCAGGAGGGACGGACAGAAGACGCUCUGAGCUGCUUCAAGAACGCUCUGAAGGCCGCAGAGGAGCUGCAGGACUCUCGGGUCCUGGCGGUCUGCUCCUUUAAUCUGGGUGCAGCCUACGUGGAGGCGGGCAGACCUCAGAAGGGUCUGGACUUCCUGCGGAGAGCUCAGCCCGGUCCGAAGGCCCAGCGCCUCCCGGACCUCCAGUUCAACCUGGCCUUGGCCCACAAUGCACUGGGGCAGAGCCGAGAGGCUGCCGCCUACUUCCUGCAGGCUGCUCAGCUGUACAGGUCGCAGGGAGACGGAGGCAGCGAAGGAGACGCCUGCAUGGAGAUGAGCCGCUGCUACAGCCGAGACCAGGACUGGUCUCUGGCGGUUCAGGGUUUCCUGCGGGCGGCUGAGAGCUACAGAGUGGCAGCCAUGUUGGAUUCUGCAGCCAGCGCCCUCAAAGAGGCAGGAAGACAUAUGAUCCAAUCAGAUCAGUUCAGCCAGGGUGACAUCAUUGGCGUGCUGACAGAGUGUCUGACUUUGACGGACAGCGUCACUGAUCCAAGGACUUUGGGUGAGCUGUACCUGUCAGUGGGCGUGUCUUACUGCCGGCUCAGGUGCUUCAAGGAGGCGGUGGCGUGUUUCCAGCAGGCUCUGGGCCCCGCCUCUCAGCGGCCCCCACUGCUGGCCAACGUGCUGCACAACCUGGGGGCCGCCCUCAACUCUGUGGGCCGCUUCACUGCUGCGGCGGGCUACCACAGGCUAGCUGCCGGACUCUACGGCUCUCUGGGUUGCCGUGGCGACCAGGCUCGGUGUUUCAGUAACUUGGCGUUUGCCUGCAGUCAGCUGGGUGAGGAGGAGGAGGCAGCAGAGAGCUUCAUCCACGCUCUGCAGGGCUUCAGAGACACCGUCUGUGUCUCUGCAGAGGACCACAGCGCUCAGGUGCAGGUGUGUGAGUCGUUAGCAGACUGUUACCUGAAGCAGAGGAAGCAGCAGAAAGCUAUUCAGCUCUAUAAGCAGGCUCUGACUGCUCUGUCUCACUGCAAGGAGAGUUCUGGUUCUGUUCGAGAUCGUCUGGUGGAGCGUCUGACUGCAGCUCUGCAGCAGAGUCUGACUGUCAGUCUGCAGAGGCCACGCCCACUCAGGCCACACCCACACAGCCCACCUGUCAGACAGCAUGGCAGGAAGUCUGACAUCACACAGAGUCCAGGUACAGCGUCCAAUCAGCAACCAGACAGGAGGAGGGGGGAGGAGCCAGAACAGGAAGCAGCGGAGCAUUGUGGGUCAGCAGGGGGCGGAGCCACUGAAGGACCAGAGUACACAGCACCUGAACUGCACAGUUCAGACCAGCUGCAGCACAGUGAGCUGUGGUCGGACAGACAGAACCCUCAGACUGACAGUGACACCUCAUUGGCCCAGGACGCAGAGGCUCCGCCCCCCGAGCCCCUUGUGUCCAGGUGGCGGUCUCGGUUCUGCUCGCUGAUGUAGACUCUGCAGGUCACACGGACAGGAUGACAUCACAGCCUCCGCUAAAAAUGAUUCUGAAUGGACUCAAUGGACUCUGGAGCUUUUGACUGUAUCACAUAGUCUUCAUCAUGAUUCUGAUCUCUUGUCCAUUAAACACACAGCAAAGUUA